CAAUUUUUAAAUGGUGAAAAAAAUAACAUAAGAGUCUUGACCGUAACACAUACAUACAUCUAGUGUUGCAUUCAAAACACAGGAUAGGGCUGUAUUCAAACAUGAACACUUUGGUUUGUCUAAGGUCAAAACCUCUCUACACCAAAAGUACAAUUCCAUGCAUGAAAAGAAGCCCAACCCAACACCCUACAGCCAUCCACAGCCCUUACAAUCCCCUACAUACACCAUACUCUGCAAGAGCAAGACCUCCACAGGCCGGUGCCAAAGGAUUCGGCGUUCCGGUCCCGGACAAGUACAGAAGACGAGAAGACAAAGAAGAAGAAGAAGAAGCAUCUAACAAGAACGAGGGUGGAGAUGAGGACGAGGACGCAAUACCGCAAGUGGUAUUCGAAAGGAUGUUGGUCCGGAUCGUGUUCUACGUGGGAGCUCCCAUGGCAACGGGCGUUGGCCUACUGUACUUGUUAGGAGUUCUCAAGGAGCAGCGCGUAUGGGACGCGCCUGUCUGGCUACCAUUUCUGACAGCAUUGCUAGCCUUUGGAACGUCAGCGCUGGGGAUUGCCUACGGGACUUUAUCAACUAGUUGGGAUCCUGAUAAGAAGGGAACAUUGCUUGGAUGGGAAGAAGCUCAAAAGAAUUGGCCUGAGCUGUGGAAAGAAGAGAGUGAGAAGAGAUGAUGAACUCUAGGAGAAUGUUUCUUACUUUCAUAUAUUUUU